AUGCAGGCGUUUGCUGCUGCGAUGCCCUCGCUGGGGUGGAGCGGAGACGACUUCUGCACCUGGGCUGGUGUGAGGUGCUUCGAUACCAAUGUGAGCUUCGUCGACGUUGGUAGCUUGGCUACCGGCACGCUGCCUGAGAUGCCUGAUGACGUGGACUACUCGCUGGUGAAGCUUGAUGAGAUCAACCUGUUCAACCAGAACGCCGGUGUCACUGGAAGCCUGCCGAGCAGCUGGAGCAAGCUGCAUAAGGUGAGGACAAUCAACCUUGGGUACACGAGCAUCAGCGGCACGCUACCUGCGUCGUGGAGCUCGAUGAGCUCGCUGAAGUUCUUGACCCUGAGCUUCACGGAUGUAUUCGGCACGCUGCCGGCUGCCUGGGACUCGAUGCCGAGCAUUGAGAUCAUCCUCAUGUCCACCACUCAGCUCAGCGGGACUCUUCCUGAGGAGUGGAGCACUAUGCCGAGCGUACGGAGGAUUCACCUUCAACAGUGCCACCUGCACGGCUCCUUCCCCGCGUCAUGGGCAGAGAUGCCGUCGCUUGAGCGCUUGGGCCUUCAACAGAACGACUUCUGCGGCUGUGUGCCGGACUCGUGGCUGGCCUCCCCCACGCUAUGGGUGGGUGUGAACGCCAAGCACCGCAUGCCCGACUGUGCGACUGCCCACGCCUGCGCUGAGACCACAACGCCCGAGCCCGUCCCGAGCAGCUCUGCGUCGGCCGGCGGGGUGUCCGGGUCGUCCAGCUCGAGCACCGCGACGACUGCGGAGCCGGCCCCUAGCACCACCACUACCAUGCACCCUACGACGACUGCCCGCCCUACGCCGGCUCCGCCGCCGUGCCUCGUGCCGAACUGCUUGGUGUGCGUUGCGGACAACUCGAUGGGGUGCAGCGAGUGCUACUCAGGAUACGUGCUGACUGCUGGCGGGGGGUGCAUGAAGCGCGUUGGUGAGGAUGCUGCUGCGUUCCCUGUGGGGCCUGCUGCCGCUGUCGUCUCCGCGGCUGUGGUGGUGGUUGGUGCUGUGCUUGCGUAG